UCGCAUUCCCGAGUCUCGACUAUUCACGCGACACAAACACUCUCCAUUCUACUCUCAAAAAUACUAUUGCGCACCUGAGUAGGAUGAGAGGCUCGAUGCCUUGUCUCCGGCACAAUCUUCCACCAUGAAUACCACCAACCCCGGACAGACCACUGCGCAGCCACAGAAAUUCCUGCGCUAUAGAUCAGUGCGCAAAGCGGCUUCGAGAGAUCUUGAGGCGACAACCACUUCUCCUCCGCCGCCUGUGCCAAACAGCUCACAGACUUGUUUGACGCGACUGCCGUCGAGAUACCACCGCAGAGCGAAGCUGGCUGAGGAAGAUCCUCCCUUACUAUCUCCAGCGCAAGAUGUUGCGCAACAGUCCAGUCCAAUCCAUAUCGCAGAACCCGCACAACAUGUGCCGACAAGCCCUCCUCAGGAUGAGGUAGGCCACAAACACAAGCCCAAUGGUGGCCGCAGAAUGGUCAUAGGCCACGGACAAAAGCCAGGCGACGAUGGUGAGAGAUUGGAAACCCUACCUACGAAGCCAGAGCCAGGCAUACAGAGGACUUCACCUGAACCUUUACGAAGAUCGUUAGAGAUUGCACGAGAAGAAGCCCGGUUGACCCUCGAAGGAGACUUUGGUCGCUUAAAAGCGUUGAAGCAAGAGGAAGCUCGGCGACGACACGAUGCACGAGAGCAGCGUCGCGAGAGAGCAAAGAUCGAAGCAAGACAACAAUCCCUUGGGGCGGUCUCGCUGUCAGAUGUUCGAGAUGUCCAGCCCACAAGGCCAGCGAGAUACGGCGAGGUAGAUAAGCAGAAUUACCAAGAACCUCCAAAGUCCAAGUCACGGACGAUGGUCAUUGGAGGAAGCAAUGGAUCGCACCAGGACCAGCAGCACAAACGUUCUUCGUCGGCGGUGCAUAGACAGCACACCGUGCGCGAGACUCAUACCAGGUCAAGGAGCACCGGGAAGGAGAGUGAGGGUCGCACUCCUCUAUCACCAACAGCAGCACCACAAUUCGAUGCUCCUAUAUCUGCGGUCAACGCCGGUGAGCGAAAGGUCAAGGUGCUAUGCAAAGAGUCGGUCAUUACUUUGCCCAUCACACCGACCACCACGUGCAGAGAAAUCCUUCGAUCUGUAGCACAACUCUUGACAGAGCCCAUCGAUGCCCGAACAGCAGUAUUGCUGGAGUCAUUCUCUCAAUUAGGUUUGGAAAGACCAUUGCGCCGAUAUGAACGCGUUCGAGAUGUUAUGAACUCGUGGGAUCAUGAUGAUCAGCAUCAUCUGUUCAUCAUGGCCCAGUCUGAGUGUGCUGCGGCAGGGGUCGACGAUAGAGAUGCACCCAGGCAACAACCUACUGGUGUAAAUGUCCAGAUGUACCACUCUUGCCGACCAGGGAAAUGGGAUAAACGGUGGUUGAAACUGAGAGAAGAUGGCCAAAUCACAUCCUCCAAGCACGAGCACGGUCUUGAUGGUACGAAAAUCUGUCAUCUAUCCGACUUCGACCUGUACACACCGGCAUCGCAACAGCUUAAGAAGCUGAAGCCACCAAAAAAGAUGUGUUUUGCAUUGAAGAGCCAAGAAAAAUCAUCCAUGUUUCUCGAAGGCGCCAAUUUUGUGCAUUUCUUCAGCACGAAGGACAAGGAUGUCGCUGGAAAAUGGUAUAGAGAAGUUCAGUCCUGGCGAAGCUGGUACUUGUACAAGAUGGUGGGUGAGAGUAUGCAAAACCGGCCACAACUUGCGCGACCACUUACGGGGACAAGCUCUAAGGAGUCAUUGCCACAUUCAGCUGGAUCGUCCAAGCCACUGCACGGUGUCGACUCCGGCAGGCCAAGUACCGACAGGGCAGCUAGACAUGAGGGUGCACAUCACCGCCGACUUUCCCAAAGUGAUGGACCUCGGCCACUUCUUGAUUUUAGCCAAGAAAGACCCAGCGUCGAUGGAAGGUCGGGAAGUCCACGGCACUCGAAAAAUCAGGGUCCUCCUCCCAGCGCCUACCCACGCAAGUUCACAAUCGACUCUUCGAGUGGUAGUACUUCUGAAGAGAGCCCAUUCUCGGGGAAUGGCUUGAUUGCCCGUAGUGCCAGCCGAAAGUCGUUGGGUAGAAAUCGAGGAGGCGGCAGUGGAGCUGACGGGAAGCCACUGGUUGAUAUUGCUCCUACCAGCGAGUUCACAGAUGGCAGUUUGCUGAGGAAAAUGGAAGCCAUCGCUGCUCAACAGGGUAAAACGGGACCUAAGAUCUUCCGGCAACAAGGAAGGGAGAUCAGUGUAUCAGUAGGAGAAGGAUUGGAUUGAGAUUUCGGGGCUAUGAGAGAUGAUGAGCUACGACAUGAUCACGAUUCGACGAAAGUGCAUUGAUGGUGAAAGCAAAUGAGGGACAUCGAUACCUUGAAUUGCUAUGGACCCGGGUAUAGUAUGUAGCUGCAGCGAUGACAAUGAACAAAUGGUAUAUCCGAUGGACAAGAG